AACUUGCCGACUCCAACGGUCGGUUUCGUCGAUGCAGUCGGUUCGAAUUUCGAAACAAAUCUACUUCCCUUCCUGGUGCCUCUUCCCCAUUUCCCAAUCGCACCAUAGCAAACACGGAAACACCACCCGCGCCGCUUCGAAGCGCCGCCGCCGUCGCCAUGGAUUCGCCUAUGCGAGUUCUUCCCCAAGGUUCCCCGCAGAGAAACCCCAAGGGGAUGGCACCAAGGUCCAUGGAGGUUGACGAGAACGCAGCCCCGAAGCGUUCCGUGGUGGCGAGGUCCGCGUCUCCUCAGAGGAAGAAGGUGUUGGGGGAGAGGAACGGCGGCGGCGGGGAGGGCCCAUCGGCCGCGGCGCCCCAGCCGAAGGUCGCGGCUAGCCCGCCGUCCGUCGGUGGCGGCGUCGGGACUUACGACCCGAAGACGAAUUACACCACCCCACGGCCGGACUUCCUGCGCUACGACCCGAAGCGGAGCCAGGAGCUCUUUCUCCGGCUGGAGCGCGAGGUGGAGGAUGAGUGCCCCAGUGCCACCUCGGGCACCGAGGUCUCGGAGUCGGUGUCCUCCGGGUCGUCCGCGGCAGGGAGCGACUCUGAAUUCGAUGACGAGGAGGAGGAGGAGGAGGUGACGCCAGCGCAUGGAGGCGGUCGGGCGCGGCGGCUAUUUCUUCUUCUGGUGGCUGCGGCCGGCCUUUUCUGCUACAUUCACUGUAUGAAUUCCACUCCCUUCCCUGAUACUUCAGACGAGGCCCUCAAUUUCGUGGGAUUGAACGGGAGCAUGUAUGAUGUGGGAGUUCAUGAAUCACUGCUUGGACCAAUUGACAUGAUGGGUUUAGAGGAUAAAUUUGAAGCAGAUAUUGGUCAAAAUGUGUACGGGGACAGUCAUGACAGUAUCCAUUUGCACGGCUCAGGAGGUCCUCCAAGCAACUUAAUGGCAAUUGCAAUGAUGGGAUUGUGGGAUGCUUGCCCGAAUGUUCCUUUUGGAGAAUUUACAUGCCAAAUUAGGGAUGAAAGCAGUGGUAAUGUGGAUGAUCUGAAUAAAGAUUCUGAAGUAAUUGAGCUGAAACCAGAAGCCAUAUGCUCGGGUGGAGAUGUCGUUGGGGAUUCCAUUGGUUCCACCUACAGCGAUGAUACAACAGAGGAUAAGCUACGAGUCCGGCAAGGGAAAUGUGAAGAUAACUCGAAGCACUCUGUGCCGGAGUUGGUCGCCAUGGAGGAAAUAAUGGAAUCGGAAAGUGCCAAGUCAGAUGAUGAUACGGUUUUUCAAAGUGAGAAGUUGGGUCAGGAAUUUGAUGCAUUGGAGUAUGAGAAAACAGCAGAAGCUGCAAAGGCAUGUUUUGCUAUGGUGAAAUUUUCGUGGUCUGCAAUGGAACCUCACUUGAUGAAGAUGUUGGCAUGCUUGUCGGUUGCAGGUUUUGUGACUGUUAUGUUCAAGUAUUUCCAAAGAUCUGGUAGCGUCCAGCAUCCUGUGCCACGACAUAUGCCUUCUGUGCCACCAGCACGAGUGCCAGUGUUAGCUCCACAUAAUAUCGCCCACUUGCCAGUGUUUCAUUCGCCUCAAGAGUCGUCUGUCUGCUUGGAGCAUCCUGUGCAAUCGUCAUUGCGCAACCCACUCAAUGCUCCUUCAAUGGGUCGCGGGCAUGGUGAUCAGAAAAUUGAACAAGGGGAUGCUGACAUUGUGAAGGCUUCAGAUAGCAAUACUAUGGACCGUAAAGAGACGAACAGCUUGAAUCCACCUGAUGUCCAAUUGCUUGGAGAGUUCUCAUUUGUGGAUGCGGGUAGCUCAAGAGGGAGGUUUGUCGAAGACUCGAAUUGGCAUGGUGCAGAUGUGAAGGUUCAGGAGACGCUUUCCUUAAGCAAGGGUGUGGUCAAGAUGGAAAAGGAAUCGAGCAUAAUUCAAAGCCCUCGGGUUCAAAGAGCAAGAAAGAAGGAGAGUGCUGCAGAAGCAGAGACACCGACUCCAUUGAGACGAUCAAAUCGUCUCCGUAAGACAGCAACUUGACUCCUCCUCGAGCCAGGCAUAAUGCAUGUUGUUGAUGUCAGAUACUGGUUCUUCACGUGGUGGAACUGUGGGAGACAUCACCUAGUUGUAUCCCAAGAAAUGCUACUCCGCGUAGCUUUAUUACUGUAGCUAUAUCAAAUUUGUGUAAAAAAGACCUGCGGUAUGUUUGGUUUUCCAGAAAACCUGUGAAAUUUGCAUGUAACUUUCGAUGAUUUUGUAAUCAUUAGCCUCGCUUAACGGCUAAACAGACUUUCUGGACAAAUUAGUUUCACCUACUUUAUUCAGUUUA